AUGUCUGAUGAUUACUUUGGAUUCUCCUUUGUCAGGAGCGACACAAGAAACAGCAAUGCCACUGUGGCCCUCAACAAUCCAGCAGAUAUCAGCGUAAUUCUGAUUUACUUUUUGGUCGUCUUGGCUGUUGGAAUAUGGGCUAUGGUUCGCACCAAUCGAGCCACCGUAGGUGGCUUCUUCCUUGCAGGGAGGAGUAUGGUGUGGUGGCCGAUCGGAGCAUCACUCUUUGCCAGCAAUAUUGGCAGUGGCCACUUUGUAGGAAUCGCUGGGACUGCUGCAGCCUCAGGAAUAGCCAUUGGUGGAUUUGAAUGGAAUGCUCUUGUCGUGGUCAUCAUUCUGGGAUGGCUCUUUGUGCCGAUCUACAUUAAAGCUGGGGUGGUCACCAUGCCUGAGUACCUGAAGAAGAGGUUCGGAGGACAACGUAUUCGCAUCUAUCUCUCUGUGCUGUCCCUAUUCCUGUAUGUUUUUACUAAGAUCUCAGCAGACAUGUUUUCUGGUGCCAUUUUCAUCAACCAGGCUCUUGGGUUGAAUAUCUACCUUGCUGUUAUCCUGCUACUACUGAUUACAGCACUGUACACCGUCACAGGUGGAUUGGCUGCAGUAAUCUACACAGACACCUUACAGACCAUCAUCAUGGUUGUUGGAUCAUUCAUCCUUAUGGGCUUUGCUUUCCAUGAGGUGGGAGGCUAUGAAAGCUUUCAGGAGCGCUACAUGGAGGCCAUCCCUUCCAUCACGACUAACAUCAGCGCAAGCUGCUACGAGCCUCGGGCAGACUCCUUCCAUAUUUUCAGGAAUGCAAUUACAGGAGACCUGCCGUGGCCUGGCCUGGUGUUUGGACUCACCAUUCAGGCCGCCUGGUACUGGUGCACUGAUCAGGUGAUUGUCCAGCGCUGCCUCUCAGCCAAGAAUCUAUCUCAUGUUAAGGGAGGCUGUAUCUUGUGCGGCUACCUAAAGCUGCUGCCUAUGUUCCUCAUCGUUUUCCCUGGGAUGAUGAGCAGGAUCCUCUACCCCGAUGUGAUAGCCUGUGUGGACCCAGAUGAAUGUAUAAAACACUGUGGGGCUAGUGUGGGCUGCACCAACAUUGCUUAUCCGAAACUGGUGGUGGAUCUAAUGCCCAAUGGUCUGCGAGGUCUCAUGUUGUCUGUGAUGCUGGCCUCUCUGAUGAGUUCACUUACUUCCAUCUUCAACAGUGCCAGUACUCUCUUUACAAUGGACAUCUACACUAAGAUUCACCGCUCUGCCAGUGAGAGGGAACUCAUGAUUGCCGGCAGAGUGUUUAUGUUGGUCCUGAUUGGUGUGAGCAUAGCAUGGAUCCCUGUGGUUCAGUCAGCCCAGAGUGGUCAGCUCUUUGACUACAUACAGUCUGUCACCAGCUACCUCACACCACCUGUUGCAGCUGUCUUCAUGCUCGCCGUCUUCUGCAAGCGUGUCAAUGAGAGUGGUGCAUUUUACGGCCUCACUAUAGGCCUGGCCAUCGGCCUAUGCAGGAUGAUAGCUGAAUUCGCUUAUGGGACAGGCAGCUGUGCUAAUCCCAGUAACUGUCCCACCAUCAUAUGUGGAGUCCACUACCUCUAUUUCUCCAUCAUCCUGUUUGUUGUCUCCUGUAUCAUCAUCCUGGCAAUCUCUCUCAUGACCAAACCCAUCGACGACAAGCAUUUAUAUCGACUUUGCUGGAGCCUGAGGAACCGUACAGAGGAGAGAGUGGACCUUGAACAGGAUGACUGGGUUGAUAACAAGGAAUCCGACAAUAUGGACAUAGAAGAACCUGAGGAGGAGCCCGGCUUGUGCAAGAAGGCAGUGAUGUGCUUCUGUGGCCUGGAGCAGAAAAAAGCCCCCAAGCUGAGUCCAGAGGAGCAGGAGGAGCUGCAGAAAAAGCUCACAGACACCACAGAGGCGCCUCUGUGGAAGAACGUUGUCAACGCCAAUGCAAUCAUCCUUCUGUGCGUGGCUGUUUUCUGUCAUGGUUUCUUCGGUUAAGGAAACUCAACUGACUGCAGUUGCUCCCGGAUACUGUAAUUUAUAUUUUGGUGCCAGGAUUUUACAUGAAUGUAAUUUAUAACCAAACAAACCAGAUCAUAGCCACAACCCCUAAAGAAAGAUAAUACACUUACACUAGACAUUUUUACAUCAUCAUCAUUAUUACUGUAUGUAUGUCAUGUACGGCUGUUGACCUCCCCCAGGAUAUAAAAUAUAUUUAUAUAUACUGUUUAAAUGUACUGUUUAAAACUCAAAAUAUUCCAUUACUGCCCACAGAUCUGGUGCAAACAUUUUUACACUAUAUGAUUUUUUAAAAUAAUUUUAAUAAGUUAACUUUUCCUGACAGUUUCCUCUUUAUUCCAUAGAUUUUCUAGUUUACAUGUCAGUGACAAAACAGUGAUGGGCUCAUUUUUGUAACACUUUUCUGUGUGUGUUUAAUUCAACUUGCUGCCUUAAAUCAUGAAAAAAGAGGGUUCAGGUGAUGAACAAAAUGCCAGUAAAUGACCUGCAGUACAUAAUAAAUGUAACUUUCUAUGUGCAAAGUAGAAAUUUUUAAGAUCCCUGAUCAUUACUGUAUUUGCUACCUCAUUCUGCCUAAGCUUUGUUUUCUCAUUAUGUGCACUCAAAGUCCACGAGUGCUGUCACUUCUUAAAUCUAUGCAACUUAC